GCUGCACACUAACGGCUUGUACGACGAGUGCAGACUGCCUCUCAGAGGUGUUAAAGGUAUGUUGGUGACCAUCAAGAGUUUCGCGGGAUACAGCUCAAACAUGACAUUGUGCUCUCACUUCAAAGGCCUUUGCGAUGGCGGCAGCAAGCGUCUUCCAUCGCCAGAGCAAUAUCUCGAUCUCGCGCUAAUGGUGCCGAAAGAACGCUCGGUUCUUUCGCGAGAACAUGUUUUUCGGCUUCUGCCACCCCAUGAGGGGUCGUCCGGCUUGGCUCAAGAAACUCCAGGUGCGGCAGUGGGGCGCGGAAGUCCGAUUCAAGACGCUGGGGGUCGGGUCAAGGGGCGCGCGCGCAGCGUUCACAUGCAGGUCGGCCCAGAUGCUCCUGGGAACACAUCGGACUUGCAUUCUCAGGGUACAAGGACUCAACGGGUCGGUACUCCAAAACUCAUCAAGGUCCGCUGUGGCGGCGACACGUAUCCGCUUCAAGAUGAGACGAGAAGAGAAUCCGGCAGAUCGGGGCAAGAUGUCGGAGGGAAUGAGGCUGAAGGGAUGGGCGCUGUCCGCGAAAGCUCUGGUGGGGAGCAGACUCCUUCGGAGAAGAAGCGCGAGCGACAGAGGAUGGUGCGAGAGGAGGUGGCGGAAGAAACCCUCCGCAUGAAGAGGAUGAGAGGAAAAUCGGAGGCGAUGAUGGGCGGGGAUGGAGGUGACGUCGGAGAAGGUGGCUCGGGAAAGAGGCCGCGGAAGACUGCUGAGGCGGCGAGCGGGGGCGAACGGCCUGCCGGUGAGGAGUGCGGCGAAGCAGCAGCGUUCUGGCUCGAAUACGAGCGGAACAAUGGCGGUGAAAUCGUGGAGAAGGAGCUCCCCGUCCAACUGCUCAUCGACCCCAAGAAGGUCUGCGACAUCCCGUCUUGGAAAAGAUAUUACAACCACCGCACUCUAAAUCGCGAAACUGUGGACGACAUCAAGGUUGCGAUGCUGAGUCAAUUCCGCGAGAAUAGGGGGAAGAUCUGGACGAAAAACCCUUUGGUUCUGACACCCAUCUACAAGCCGGUGACGCGUAGGCCGGAGAAAGCUGACAAGGUUCACAAAGAUGUCUUCAAGCCAGAGGACAAGGACAAGUACUACUAUUACCCUGUUAACGGUCAACACACCGUGGCUGCUGUGAAGGAGUUGGAGGGUGAGCCAAUAUUCGAUUUGUGGAAGAUGCACUCGUGGUCGGCGAGAGUAGUGUGGUUCUCCGAACGAGAUUUUGCGGGCUAUAGGCAGGUCAGUCUCAACGAGAACACGAGACACAAGAUGCCUAAGCAGCGAUCGCAGAAGGCCGCGUUUUUGGACAUGCGGGGGGCAUGGGAGAAAGAAGGAAGGCCGAUGGCCAUUCAAGGGAACCCUUCCGGCAAGGAGGCCGAAAAACGAAAGUUUUUCGAAUUCCAAAAGCUGAUUUUAGAAAACAGUCCGAACGAAUCUCACUGGGAGUUGGCAGAAAAAGAUUUGUCGCUCCCCGACAAGGAGUAUGUCGCUGCCGUUGGCAAUGCAUUGAGGCAGUGGAUGCCGCUCGUGACGGCCGGUGAUGACGUUUUCCGCAAAGCCAUGGAGUUUUAUGCGAAAUUGGCGGAGGGGAAGUUGUUGGGCGGCAACGGCAAGACGCCAUUGUCGAGGUCGGGCAAACACAUGCCAGACAAAUCUCCGGGUCUGCAAGCAAUUCCGGAAAUGGGCUCGAAAUGGGCGGCUGGUGAAACGAAUAUGGGUGGCUGGUCUGGGACGGAAGUUUGGGACUUCCUUUUCCAACCCGGACCGCCUGGUCCGACCGACCUCGAAUACAGUCGACGGAGAAACCUGGUGUUCGGUGUGCUCAAUGGGUACCACGAUGCACCCAAGGAGUUUGUCUCGCAUUUCCUGAGAAGGCUGGAGCACGUUUACUUCACGCUGGCCAAACCGCUCACCCUGGAAAACUACAAGUCACAGUUUGACGAGGAGGACCCUUUCGACGCUGAAGAUAUGGAGGAGUUGAGCGACUCGGAAACCUUCGAUUUCCAGUCCAUGCCACUUCCUCGGGUGGUUGGACAGGUUGGUGAUGAAGAGGAAGGUGCCCCUCGAAGAUAUAGCACGUACCCUGCUGGUUUGAAGCGUGUGUUUCGGGGCGAACUAGUCGACGACCAAUCGUCUGAUGACGGGGAGGAAGACAAAGACUAUGAUCACGAACCUUGUGACAGGCUCCCUGAGGACCACGACACCUGGCAGAAUGACGGACUCUACUUCUUCUGCAAGCAUCACCGGUUCACACCGGAGGAUGUCUGGGGACACAACGUCGUCUGGCACCCGAGGAUAUUCCAACCUGCUGUGAGGAAUGGAAUGUGGGUCAUGGCAAUGAAGGAGGCCGAUGGCAAGUGGAGUGGACUGAAGAGACUGGGAGCGGGUGCAUUUAAGAGAAUAGCGAGAAGUGCUCUGGUGGAGCAUUUGAGUCUCAUGAACCCCGAGAGGAACGAUCCGGACGUCGGUGCGUAUGCAGAACAAAAGCUAAAUGAGUUGUACGCCAACAGCAUGUUGCAGUUUCGAGCGCCUUUCUACACACUCGAAACGACACCGUCUCGUGGCAUUGACUGGCGCAUGCCGCAACCUCCGUCGGGCGGUCAGCAUCCGGGAGGGGGUGGAGGAGGAGACUAAGGAGACAGCGGAGGUGGCGGAGGAGACGGCUCAUAGUUUGUCUGAAAGGGGACGGGCGAGACAUCGUCGG